CCAGCCCAGAUCUUCUGUUCCUUUGUCAGCUUGUUCACAUUGCUUGUCUUGUAGUUUUGUGUUUGCGCCUUUGUUACCUUCUCAUUUACCUGGACCUGAACCUGGACUUGCCUGCCUACCUACCUGUACCUGUCAGUAAUACCUAGCUUUAACACAUCCCUGAACUCAUCCUGCUGUCCUUCACAGCCAACAGAACUGGAAUGACUGGGCUCAGUGGGCUGCUCUGUCUGCUCUCUGCUGCCAGUGGCUUCAGGCUCACUGAGCUCAGAUGACUGACUGCUAUAACUGCGCCAAAUGAAUAAUUUGUCAUUUUAAGAUGUUUGGCCACAUCAUCCUCAGAAGACUUUUCAGCACCAUCUUCAGGUUUUUCCUCUUUCUGUUGCUGUGCUAUUCUUCCAGAUAUUUGAAAUCUGCCAGCCUAAUGGAAAUGGGAAAGGGGCGGGCCCAGGUAAUUUGUCAUCACAGCCCAGAACGUCCGGCUGACUGGGAUUUCUGCCAAUGGCCAGUCCAACCAUGUCCAGCAGACAUAGAGGAGGUCCGUUUGUGUCGGCGUCCCAAGAUGAACCAAACCGCCACCGUCUCGCAUCAAGUUAAAUGCCAGUCUACAAAGGCCAUCAAGGACCUGGGAGGGGUGAGUCCUCCUCAGAGGAACUGGAAAGGGAUUGCCAUCGCUCUGCUGGUCAUCCUGGUGGUCUGCUCCCUCAUCACCAUGUCUGUGAUCCUGCUCACACCAGCUGACAACCAAGCUGGAAGCGACACCAAACUGACUGUGGAGGAUCUGUUCAAACCUGAGUUCAAGGUCCACGACCCGGAGGCUAAAUGGAUCAAUGACUCUGAAGUCAUCUACAGAAACAGUGACGGCCACGUCAUCAAGUUCAACAUCCUGACAAAUGAAACAGAGAUUGUCCUGACAAACACAACAUUUAUCAAUUUCAAUGUGGCAAAGUAUUCUGUCUCUCCUGAUCUCAAAUAUGUUCUCUUCGCUUAUGAUGUCAAACCGGUUUACCGCCACUCCUACAAGGCCUCCUACAGUAUCUACAAUAUUCACACUCGGGAGGUUUGGGAGCUGGACCCGCCUGAGGUGGUGAACUCGGUACUGCAGUACGCAGCCUGGGGAGUGCAAGGCCGACAACUGAUCUACAUAUUUGAAAAUAACAUCUACUACCAAUCAGACGUCAAGAGUAACUCCCUGAGGCUGACGUCCUCAGGAAAGGAAGAGGUCAUCUUCAACGGGAUCGCCGACUGGCUCUAUGAAGAGGAGAUCCUCCACACUCAUGUGGCACACUGGUGGUCCCCCGAUGGAGAGAGGCUGGCCUUCCUGGUCCUUAAUGACAGCCUGGUGCCCAACAUGGCUUUACCUCGUUUCACUGGCGCGACUUACCCCAAAGGAAAGCAGUAUCCGUACCCCAAGGCUGGCCAACCCAACCCGGCGGUGAAGCUCUAUGUUGUCAAUCUUUACGGGCCGACGCACACGUUGGAGCUCAUGCCUCCAGAGACGCUCAAACUACGGGAACAUUAUGUGACCAUGGUGAAGUGGAUCAGCAAGACCAAGACAUCCGUCAGGUGGUUGAACCGGGCCCAGAACAUCUCCAUCCUGACUGUGUGCGACACCACCACCGGAGCCUGCGUCACGAGGCAUGAAGAAAGCUCUGAGCUCUGGCUUUCCAAGCAGAACCAAGAACCAGUGUUCUCUAAAGACGGCAGCAGAUUCUUCUUGACUGUCCCGGUGAAACAAGGAGGACGUGGAGAGUUUCAUCACAUCGCCAUGUUCACCACGCAGUUCAGAGCAGAUCAAAAUGAAAUCCGACAUCUGACGUCAGGGAACUGGGAGGUGACCAGGAUCAUCGCCUACGACGAGAACACGGACAACCUUUAUUUCCUCAGCACAGAAGGGUCACCGCGGAGACGGCAGCUUUUCAGUGUUAAGACUGUGGGUCUGUUUCCACGACGAUGUCUGACAUGUGAGCUAAAUAAAGCGCACUGUCUUUACUUCGACGCUGACAUCAGUCCCACAAACCAGCACAUCAUCCUCCGCUGUAAAGGUCCCGGAGCACCAACUGUGAUCUUACACAGCCUCAAUAAUUCAAAUUACUACAUCCUUGAGAACAACUCUCUGCUAAAGGCAGCCUUGAAGUACAAAAGGAUCCAGCUGACCGACUUCAGAACUGUUCCAAUGGAGCACUUUGAUUUACCUCUGAAGAUCUCCUACCCACCGGACUUCUCUGAUUCCCGUCACUAUGGACUGCUGUUGCUGGUUGACAGCGCCCCCGGUGGCCAGGCCGUGAGUGACCGCUUCUCCCUCAGCUGGGACUCUGUGCUGGUCAGCUCGGACGGCGUCAUCGUGGCUCGUCUGGACGGGCGGGGCAGCGGCUUCCAGGGUCAGAGGAUCCUGCACGAGGUCCACCAGAGGCUGGGAACCGUUGAUGUUCAGGACCAGAUUGCCGCAGUAGAAUACAUGAUGAAAUUUCCAUAUAUUGAUCGGACACGGAUAGCAGUGUUCGGAAAGGGUUAUGGAGCGUAUCUGACAUUAAUGAUGCUCAAGUCUACUGACAGCCUCUUCAAGUGUGCUUGUGCAAUGUCACCAGUGACAGACUGGAAACUCUAUGCAUCAGCGUUCUCUGAGAGAUACCUUGGCAUGCCGUUACGGGAUGACAGCAGAUAUCAGUUUUCCAGCGUGCUGCAGAAUGUUCAAGCACUUCGGGAGCAGACGCUGAUGCUGGUGCACGGCACAGCGGACGCCAACAUCCACUUUCAGCAUACUGCUGAGCUCGUCAAGAACCUCGUGAAAGUUGGAGCAAACUACUCAAUGCAGAUCUACCCAGAUGAGGGCCAUUUUCUGUCUCAGCAGAGUCGCCAGCACCUGUACGCCACGCUGACCAGCUUCUACAGGGAGUGUCUGAAGGAGGAGUUACUACCGCUGCCUGAUGAGGAAGAGGAGGAGGAGGAGUAGGCAGGAGGCUUUGAGGGUCAGACCUUUGGCACAGCUUGAAGAAUUUAGAUAAAAUCCUUCAAGGCCUUUUGCUUUUUUGGACCAAGUGUUUAACCGGACAUGGAGACUGGGUUAGAGCUGCUAAUGCUCUGAAAGCGUGUGUGUGUGUGUGUGUGAGAGAGAGAGAGAGCUCUCUUUGUGUAUGCCUGUGUAUAAAUGUGUGUCGAAAAGAUAACCGAAGGACACGACAGUGAGACUUGCAUUGCCGGGACUUGAGACGAGAACUGCCCUUUAGCAUAAAGUCAUUUCAGUUUGGGGACGCUCUGGUUCUCGUCGAAGUGCACGGGAAACUGCCUCCGUGUUCUGCAAGCUCUCUGGGCUGUAGUCACCCACACUUACCAAGUGCAUGGUUCUUUUUUCCCCCGUCGGCUUCACUCGUUUUACCAUGUUAGUGUCCAUUGUGGUAGCACUUGGGAAGAAGCGAACACAGACGUACACGUUCGAUCUCACCUUCUCCUUUGGUUGUUGUAUUGUUGCACAGGGAAAUGCUCCAGCCAUAUGCGGACAAAUGUUUAGACCUCCCCACAACCGAGCCGAUCCUGAAAAAGUGCUACUUCCUGCUGAAACCCUCCGCCAUCGCCCACCCUAAAAUGAAAACUUUAGAGGUCACACUUAAUUGUACAGGGGUCUUGUGUGGACAUGUACAAUGCCUUAUAAGGUUCAACAUACUGUAAUAUUACUUGCUGGCAGUGGUAGUCAUCCAAUAGCAGUGUCAUGUUAACCUAUGUCAACUCAGGUCCUCGAGACACAGCAUCGCAGAUGGUUUAGUAUAUACAACACUAUGUCUAUGGCUGCAAGGUCAUGAAAAAGUCACGCAGUGUAUAUGAAGAUAAUGGAAAUUGGCCGUACAGUAAUUUCAGUUUCAGGCCACGCUGUGAAAGUUCUCCAUCUUAAUAUGUCAUUUAAUCGUGUUUCCUUAAAGUCUCCUUAAAGCAAGCGACAAAAUCUCUAAAAAGGUGUGAGAUGAUUCUUCAGUGUGUCUCCACCCCUUCAAGAGCUGUCCUCAAGUUCAGAGACAUUUUCUCAACCUUCUUGAUAUUCUCCACAUCAAGAAAGGAAUAAUAAACUGCAGUGGAUAUUAAUGGACAUAGGUGUACUAAGAUGGACAGUUUUCCAGUGUCAGUAAGGUGUUUGCAUGUCUACAGGGAAUGUGUCAAGUGUUGCCACAUUUUGUACAGUAAAAUACAGCAGAGUGUGUAUAUAAAUAUAUUUUUGAGAUGUCAGAUCUCAUAGAUAGUUUAGUCUAUGGGGAUGGAUUGAUUUGACCUGGAUGUCUCUUGUACUUCUUUUCAGUUUCUUUUUCUGUUUUCCUUUCAGCUGUUGAUUUUCUUCUUAGGAUGGAUUUUGUAAUGCUUGUUCUUGUUCAUUUUGCUGUUUUAAAAAGGGAAAGGGCAGGGUUGAGGUUUGGGGGUUAUUGUGAUUGUCCUCUAGUGAUGAUUAUAAAUAAAAAAAAUGACAAAAAACAAGUUAUGCUGAUAUGGACAGCACUCAUUUCUGUCAGAACCAAAACACAUUUGUUUAGCAGUGACUGAUUUUUUGGGAGGAUGAGUAAUCUGAUCAGCCAACACCUUCAUGUUUUCUUUCACCUCUUCAGGACUCAAAUUAAAGAGUAAAAAGUCUCCUCCUCCACCUCAGUCUUCAGUUCUCUUCUAACAUUUGCUUGAUAAAAGAUGUUGCAGAGUGUAACAAUCCUUGCUAAAGCAGGUUCCAACAAUCUCCUGUGUAACUUGAACAGUUAGACUCUCCAAACAUCAAAUCAGCUCAGAUUGACGGCAGCUGCACUGACAGGCAGAAACACACAACUGUGGCUGAUUGUCAAUCAACACACCGACUGUGACUUCAGACAUGAAUUCGUUUUCAUGUCACAGUAAGGUUUAAAAAAUUCCUAAAGUUCUGUUUAAGUCUGUUAGCUGAGAUCCAAACGGAUCCAAAGUCCGCUUUGUAAAUGAGCCCAACAUGUGCUUGUUGAUGCCUCCACGCUGCAUCAGUCAGCGGCUGAGCAGAUGGUAACACUCUGCUGCUGAAGGACAGAAACCAAAUGUGCCAGAGUUAAUGGAAGCCUUUAUUCAUCAGCGCAGACGAGCCUUUUCUCCACACUUUGAUAAAGUUACGUCGAUUUCGCAGAUUUCGCUGCGUUUUGUCAGAGCUGAGACAAAAGUCCAAAUUUUAAUUCGCCACCCGUGUAAAACAGCCAGCCGAGCUCUGUGUGACGGGAAGGAAACCCGCCUAACAGCACCUAGCAGCUCGAUAAUAAACACGUUUUAAAUCAAUUGUUUCAUCAGAGGCCCAAAGUGUAAGAACAAAAAGUUUCAUCUGGAAGUUUUGUGCCAAACAGUUGCUAGGCAACGAGGCUCCAGUAAGUCACUACGGUCCGCCAACAAAUCGUCCUUCACAUCAUCGUCCUACUUGUGUGAAGAACUAAUCAUUAUGUACUUCAUACUGUACUUAAGUACUAAUCACAGUUCGCAUGAAAUUAGACUCUGAAGUAAAAUUAUGGGCUGAGUUUGCUUGCA